AGUAAUACAACUUGUCAUCUGACCAAUAGGACCGGAGAAGCACGGCUCUCUCCGCUGCGUUUUCUCUUUACGCGUUGUUUUCAUUUGGUGUUUUGGACACGGACGUUGUUUUCUUUGCUAUGUAUUUUUUUUUCGGUGUCGUAUCCAACAGUCGACAUUUAACCGGUGAUAUUUUCUUAAACUUUUAGAAUUGUCGCUCAGCCUACGGAUUACGAUUUGGGCUGUAGGUUUUUAUGGACUCGUUGUACGACAAUUCAGACUUAUUUUCUCAAACACUGAUCCACUGAAAAGGAAGGCUUAUCUGCAGAGAGGAAGAUAUUGCAUCCGAACUUUAUGGAAAAGGCUGCUCGCAUGAAAAUGAUUCUUCAUGGGAUUGAGCAAACAUAAAAGCCCAUAAGGAAAAAGGUGUUCCAGAGCGGUUUUCUUGAUCUCCUUUCCCGACCAAGUUUUCGUUGCACGGCUCCAUCUGGUCAAGGAUGUCCAGGCAGCUCUCUCAGCUCCUGACCCCCGACCUCCCGGCCGGCGCCAACACGCAGUUCAGCGGCUGCCCUCCGCCUGGAGCCUCACUCUCCGGGGGCCACCAGAGCUCCAUGGCCGGGCUGAAAUCCCUCCUGCAGCACCCAAUGAAGGGGGACCAGCGUGUGAAAACGACGCCUGAAGUGAAAGCCGACAAAGACCGACCCUCAGAGCAGGAGGAGGACUCCCAGGGAACCUGUGCCAUGAGGAACAGCACCGCAAUCAGCAGCUCCAACAGCAACACAAUCAGCAGCUCCAACAGCAGCGGAGGCGGCGCUGCCAACAGCGGAGGAGUUGGAGGUGGAGGCGGUUCUGGAGGUGGAGGAGGUGCUGGAGGCGGAGGAGGAGGUGGUGGAGGUGGUGGAGGUGCAGCCGGAGGUGCAGGAGGAGGAGGCUUCAACCAGAUCCUGGGGUCUCUGCUGUGGGACCGCAGCCUGCCAGCUGACGGGGGUCUUUUCCAGCUGCAGUACAUGGACUUAGAGGAGUUCCUCACCGACAACGGCAUGGGCAACAUUCCCAACAGCAACAACAACAACAACAGCUCCAGCACGGCCCAGGUCCCCUCGCAGACCUCGCCGUCGGCCGUGCCCAACCAGAGCUCCCAGUGCCCGCCCUCCUCGCCGCCCCCCUGCUCCUCCGCCUCCUCCACGUCCUCGUCCCCCUCGCUCAUCGGCCUGGAGGUGGCGCAGCCGCAAGGCAUGCUGGGAGGAUCAGAGUGUCUGCACGGUAGCCAAACGAGCAUGAACGACUCCUGCGAGUCCCCCUGCUCGUCGUCGUCCUCCUCCUGCCCCCCACUGCUCACACCCACUGGCACCGGGCCGGAGGGGAUGGCCAUGUUCGACAUGGACCCCUCAGACAUGGCGCUGUCCAGCAUUCCCGGCCAGGACAACUUCGACCCCCGGAGACACCGCUUCAGUGAAGAUGAGCUCAAACCGCAGCCCAUGAUCAAGAAGGCCCGCAAGAUGCUGGUGCCAGAGGACCUGAAGGUGAGCCUCCAGCUCUCUUAUGUUCCAUCUCAGGACGAGAAGUACUGGUCCCGGCGCUGUAAAAACAACGAGGCGGCCAAGCGCUCCCGCGACGCCCGCAGGCUGAAGGAGAACCAGAUCUCGGUGCGCGCCGCCUACCUGGAGCGCGAGAACGCCGCGCUGCGACAGGAAGUGGCCGAGAUGAGGAAAGAACUUGGCCGCUGCCGCAACAUCCUUAGCAAAUACGAGAACCACCUGGCCGACCCGUGAUGCUGGAGGCUGGAGGAGGGCCAGGGGUCCGAGAGAGAGAGAUGGAGGGGCAGGAGAAGAGGAGGAGGAGGAGGAGGACAGAGGAGAGGAUUAACACGGACGGAUUUUCAAGACUCUCACUUUUUAGGCUUGCAAUACGGACAGAACGGAGGGAAGGAGACGCCGAUAAUGAUGUCCGUCGUGACGUUGAUGAUGAUGAUGACGACGAUGAUGAUGAAUGUAUGUUCAAGAUGGUUUAUAUAUUGAAGCUCAGGUGUCUCGGAAAGAUGUAACUAUUGUGGGUUUUUGUUAAUGGAGAAUUGUAUAUUUUUAUAAUACUGGAGUAAACACAAUUUAGAGGGAGAGCAAAUUUGGAGAAUAAUUUUUGUAUAUUUUCUACAUGACUUGGAUAUUAGAGACAUGGAACACACUCAGAGGUAUCUGCAGGCUGGAUGAGUCAGGAGGCGGGGCUUAACACAUGGUCGACCAAUAGCCAGGUAUUAUUAGAUGCAAUGGAAGUGGUGGCGAGUUCAGUGUUGGUAUCUUCAGUUGUAAAAUAGAACAUGAUCUUUAAAGAUGUAUAGUUAAACCUUUUAUGUGGAUAUUACUCAUGCACCUACCUUUUUAUUAAUUGAUGGUUAUUAUGUCAUCGGGAGAGACUCAACCAAAUGUGGAUGUCACUAUGUACACAUUCUGCUCCUAAGUAUUCAUAGUUCACUGUUCUCUAGAACCUUCCAGAUACCAACCAAUACCGAUGGCGUAUUUUAUAAUAGACAGGGUGUGUUGUAUAUUGUACAACUUAUUUGUCCCUGUUUCAAUGUAUUAGUCCUGCUACCACCAUAGAUUGUAUUUUUAGGAUUGCUACAUGGGUGCCCCACCAAUGUUGUCACUCUGGAUCUUUGCAUGGCUUUCUCUAUGAAAAAGAGAUGCAAAGAUGUGUGUAGGAAAUCAUCUAACCUGAUUACUAAACCCCAAGCUCCUUCAGGAUGUCUUACACAGGCGCCCAUGUCGUCAGUCUCUCUCGGUCUCCUCAGCCAAACCCCUUCAUUUCCACUAAGCUUUCCACACGUGCAGAACGCUAAGCCCUCCUGCCCACCUACCUUUUUUCCCUGUGCCUCAUUCGCAGAUACUGCAUAACAUAGAUCUAGUGUUGUAACAUAUUCUCAAACAGUCCAUCAAUCUCCCAUAGAAGCGCACAUCGAUUUACUGUAGUGUCUAAUGAAAAAGUAUUUCUAUAUAUAUUUUUGGCUUCAAGAUUAAAUGGUGUCUUUAUUGAGCGGGGGAGGGGGGGUAUUUGAUAAUGAUGUUGAUGGGGGUCUAUGAGAAGUGUGAAUGUGGUGAGAGAUGAGUACAUGAAUAGAAAUGUAAUUUAAUUCCAGAAAAUGGGGUAUCUUUUCUAAAUCCUAUCGAUUGGAAUGGUGUUAAUUUCUCAGAUUUCUGGGAUGAACGUAAGCCAAAAUUUCCUAUGUUGAUAUACAGCGCUUUGUUAAUACUUCUCUUGCUUUUCCUCUUCAGUAAUACAUCCCUUUGCUGUUGACCGUGUUUAAUGAGAUUCUCUGUGUAACUCGCAUCACCUACACAAAGGCAUGGUACACUACAUAUUAUAAUGUUUCUUUUCUUGGAAGAGCAGAAGCUCUGUCAAACCAGUGAUAGAAUGUGCUUUUUAUCCCUUAAUGGCCAUGUUGAAUAGCUCCCCAUUACUACCUAUAUUAUCCUUGCUAUGAUUACGAUUGUUACUCCUCCCCCCUCUUAAUGUCCUCUUAUAAGUUUUGAAGAUUUUUCUUUCCCUCCUCGAUGGUCUCUGAUCGUCUGUUGCAAUUCAAACACCUUUGAUUUGAGUAGAGAUGCGGACCACAGACUGAAUGGAACCCCCUCUCUCCCGAUGGCAAAUAUCUAGCGUUGUGUGACCAUGUUCACUGGUCCCGUGGGCCUCACACACACGGCAAACGUCCCACCCUCCACGGGGUGCCGCCAUCUUGGUAUCUUUGUUGACCAUGGAUUCCAGAGACAUUUAAAACAAAAACACUGCUUGAUUUAACACAGCCCAGGAAAUGACUCGGCACGGACUUAAUUUACCUUUUGACGUGACAUUUAUUUCCUUUGUUCUCUAUAGCGUGUGUGUAUGGACUCUGCACACGUUACAUAUGUCCCCCCUAUGGUUUUCCCUUCAACCUAUCUUGACCUCAGUCCGGUGGUAGUCGUCCACUCUCCUGACAGGAUCCCCCAUGAUUUGUGAUUCCUCUCAGCGGUGGUUGAUAAGUCUCAUAGUGACUCUAAUUGAACUCCCCUGAUGCGUCACUGGUGUCCCUGGGGCCCAGACGAUUCAGCGCUGGUGUCUUUGGAUAUAGUUGAGAAUUUCCCGAAAAAUUCAAAUAAAAAAAGUGUAUUCUAACUCAA